GCGUUUUAUUUAAGAAGAUUUUUGUAAAAUGUUUAUACGUUAUUUUCAAAUGAAAUAUUUUCUAUUUGUUACGCUUUUAUUUAUAUUGAAAUUCAACCAUUACGAAUUCAAUAUGAAUGUAAAUCAAAGAUUCUACACAAAUGCUAGCGCAAUGAAUUUAUUUCGUUUUCGCGAUUUUGAGCCACGUUACGCCAUGAAAACUGACACGGAUAUAAAACCAAUUUUAUUCGAUCGCUUGGUACGAAAUAUACGUAAACCUCGGGGAUUUCAAUUUCAUGCUGAUGAUCGUGACUUUAAUGUGGAGUUGGAAUUUAUUAUACCCUUCAUACGCAUACCCAUCGAGAGGAGUAUGACUGUGACGCAGACUGCAUUUCGGAGUUUAUUCAAUUUAAAUUUUCAAUCUCUUUUGACUACGGGGGCUAUUGUGGCAAUUGGUGGCAUAUUUGCCAUAAUACUAAAGGGUGUUUUCUCACAAUUUGUAUACAUAAGUGAUUAUAGGAAGACAUCAAGGAAUGAGGAUGCCAAUCAGCCAGAUUCAAUGUUGUUUCCUCAGUUCUACUCUGGAAAUGUCUCAGAAAAUAUUCCAAAUAUUAAUAAAUUUGCCACAAUAAUGGAAUCUAAACUGCAAGAAAACAAUAUCAAUAUCAACCAUUGUAUUCAGAGAUCUUUAUGCAGUUAUGCUCAGCAGAAUUUCUGUAGUAAUAACCCUGGCAGUGGUGGUUUAUCCCGUAUUAUGGAUGGUGUUUUUAGCUUGGAUCUUGUGCAUAAUUAUUUAAGUGGUACUGCCAUAAAAGAUGCUUUAGAUUCGGCCAAAAAUGGGGACAAUUGCUUAGAGAUUUAUAGCGACUGUAAUUGGUCUUUGCCCAUGCAGUCUAUAAUGAAAUUCACUCAAAAUUUUAACUAUUUAAAUGUUACAUAAUGUUUGUUCUAUGCUUUUUGUUUAUUCGGAAUAAAUAAAUUAUAUUUAUUAUAUUUA